AUGACUGAGCUCCAUGAAGCCAUGGCUUUGAGGGACUACGACCUGGUGGAUAAGAUUUUGAGGACAAGGCGCUGUGACCCAAAUCACAAGGAUGUUGAUUGGCAUGACAGGACUCCGCUGCACUGGGCUGCUGCAAAAGGAAAAUCAGAACUGGUCAAGCUCCUCGUGGAUCACGAGACAUUGGCUUGACAUUGCCUGCGGAGUGAUGUGGGCUGGACCCCGGCUCACUUUGCGGCUAAGUCAGGGAGUCUGGGGUUGCUUCAUAGCCUUCAUUCCCUGCACGCUGCCAUGGAUGUGGUCAGCCUCUUCGGUGACACUCCCAAGAGGCUGGUGGAAAUCUACGGCCACCAAGAAUGCCUCAGGUUCUUAGAAGUAGCAGAGGUGGAGAGCAGAAACUAUCGCAGGACAGCUGCAGUGCAAGGGAUCCCCUUAGACCAGCAAGAUGAAGAUUGGGAACUCAAGAAAGAAGAACUUGAGCGAAACCUAUCGUCUUCCUGGGAGAACUGCACAUCCUGCUCUCUAAAGAAAAAUCGGAAAAAACAAGGGAAGCAGUAG